CACAGAAGCAGGACUCAAGAAAAGCUCACAAUUUUUUCAACAUCAGAACAAGUUUAACAUGAGCUGCUUUUUCAUUUUUAUUCUCGUCAUUUCCAGUGCUGUCUGUCAGGCAUCAAGGCAGUUUAGUCUUAAAACUGGAGCAUCUGUCACUAUCCCAUGUCAUUAUGAUAGGAAAUAUAUACAACAUAAGAAAUACUGGUGCUAUGGAGGAACAUUCGAUUUCUGCACAAUUCAGGCGUAUACCAAUAAUACAAAGGGGAACGUGACAGUGACUGAUUACCCAGCUGAGAGUCUCUUUACUGUGACAGUGAAUAAUCUCCAGACAGGAAAUACUGGAUGGUACUGGUGUGCUGUAGAGAUAAGUGGACCAGACGUUAGAGAAUACCUUUAUAUUACAGUGAAAUCAGAUCCUGAUCUGUCUGUGAGGAACAGCAGAGUGAGAGGUGAGGAAGGAGGCAGUGUCACAGUCCACUGUUUCUACAGCGCUGCGUAUCAGAAUACACAGAAGCAGUGGUGCAGAUUGAAAGAUGGACGCUGCAACACAUUUAGGAAGACUGCCACAUCCCAGAAUUCAGCAGUGCACAUCAGUGAUGAUGGGAGAAGAUCCUUCAGUGUGCAGAUGAGUGGACUGAAGAAGAGUGAUGCUGGCUGGUACUGGCAGUGCAGUGCAGGAGAUCUGCAGGUUCCUGUUCACAUCAGUGUCCAUGAUCCACCUCCAGUUGUGACUACAGCAGUGACUACAGCAGUGACUACAACCACUCGCCAUGUCAGUACUUACACAUCUGUCUCGAAGCACAAUUCAGCAGCAUCUGUGACUGCAGUUUCUAGCAGUGAUGAAACCAAAAAGCCAGAGGAGUUCUGUAUAGCACAUAACUGAAGGAUGUGAUCUUGGUGGCAUUGAGAACUUAAGAAGCUGGCACGCUCAACUUACUCAUUUAUUUUUGUAAAAACAGCACUGUCAGUCGUGUGUUAUUCUUUACAUAUCAUUUAGAACACAGUAUUUUAUCUCAGAAAUUACAACUUCUUUACAGUGUGCUUUUGAAAAAACAGGAUAAGAAUUCCAAAUUUCCCUUUUCUCUUAGUCAAUGGUGAUUCUCUGCCAUGUAGCAAAAGAGCAUUCCUUUUCUAAACAAUACAUGAACACUGAGUGAAGUUGCCAUGUUAUUAAUUAUAAUAAAGCUUGUGUAUUGCUUGUA